AUGGAUCAAGCAAUUGGAUCAUUAUCAGAAUUGAGACAAAAUUACAGUGACAUUGUUAAUAUUGCCAAUGAUUUGUGUUCUAAAUGGGGUAUUUCAUCUAAAUUUCCAUCAAAACGCCAACAAUUCGCCAAAUUACAUUUUGACGAAAUCGAUGGUGACAGAAGAUUAAAUGUAACAGAAGAAAACUUUAAAAUAAAAAUAUUUUAUCCAGUUGUAGAUACUGCUUUAGCACAACUAAAAAAUAGAUUUAAAGGAUUAAAAGUAAUCUCAUCGACUUUUGAAUUUUUAAAUCCAACCUUUCUUAUAAGUACUGAAGAAAAUGAUUUAAUAAAAUAUGCAUUUGAUUUUAUUCAACUGUAUAAGUCUGAAGUGACUUCAGAUUUUACUCGACAGUUACUAAGUAUCCAAUCCAUAAUAAAAAAUAAAUCAGAUAUCAGAAACAUUAAUGAUGUUAUAAAAUUUAUUGUGAACAAUGAUUUAUCAACAGCUUUUUGUGAUGUUCUAACAGCUUGUAUAAUUUUUUUGACAAUUCCUGUAACUGUUGCUUCAGCUGAAAGAUCUUUUUCCAAACUUAAAUUAAUAAAAAAUUACUUGAGAAAUUCUACUUCUCAAGAAAGAUUAAGUAAUAUAUCAGUAUUAAGUAUUGAAAGAGGUCAUACUGAUGAAAUUAAUAUAAAAAAGAUUAUUACUGAUUUUGCAAAUGCAAAAGCUAGGAAAAAAAUGUUUUUUUAA